AUGUCUCAAAUGUCUGAGUUCAGCGGACAAGAUCUCUGCGAUUUUCCGGCUGCUUCGCCUCCAGAUGGCGUCAUUCCCAAUUUCGUGGAUCCUGAGAGCCUAGCUACAACCACUUUUGCGUUCGGAAUUAUCCUUACGAGUUGUGCGACAUUGGUAGUGGCUGUGAGAUUAUACAUCAAUUGGGGCAAGCUAAACUGGGCGGAUUAUCUUAUGGCGGUGGCGGCUGCUUUGAACAUUGCAUACACAUGUCUUCUUAUCUCGUUGCGCGAUGAUCUCAGUAUAUCCAUACAAUCGCCAUCAGUGGGAUGUGCCAGCUUGCUGGAUGAAUGCAACUCAGUUGCAGUCUUUGGCAUUGUCAUCUACGUCCCAUCUAUUCCAUUUACCGCCAUUUUCGACGCCCCAAAGGUCGGCCAAACAUGGGAGGAUGAGUUGGAAUACCUGGCAACAUCAAGCAACAAUGGUCUGAUAUAUUGGGGCCUUGUUCAAAGCUCUGGCUCUGUUGUACUUGAUUUGUUCAUCUUCUUCAUCCCAAUGCCUGUUUUGAACAAGUUGCAACUGCCGUUGAAGAGGAAGCUCGAGCUCUUUGCUUUAUUUGCUACUGCUUUAUUAGGAGUUGCUGCAAGUGCCAUCGGUCUUGUUUUUCGUAUCAAGCUACUCAGCACCCGUGACAGUACCUGGCAUCAAGCGGAAUUAGCCCUUUCCGUGUUCGCCGAAAAUAAUACCGCUAUUGUUGUGGGUUGCAUGCCCGCCUUUGCCAAAUUCGUAAAAUUUGUCAGAGUCACAAUUACCAGUCGCCGGAAUCGAUCGACUGGGAACUUGCUACAUGGUAGUCGCGAAAAUUUGUACAAGCAAGGGGCGUGGCCAAUACAAGCUCCACCGCCAUUGCCUCAUUCGAAUGCAGCGACCUGGUCUUCUAGUCGAAAACAUCCGCUGCAACGGUAUGAGCUUACCGAUACCAUGCUACUCCAGGCACAGGCAUCUAUUGCCGGUGAUGGACAACAGUGCAGGCAACACCCAAGCUCAGAGCAGGAUUGGGAAAUCAGGGUGUUGAGAAUGGCGAACAUUCGUCAGCAUGAGGAAAGGAUCAGGGGCCAUUACCGAUCCGUGGAACACUUCGUAUGA